AUAAUUGACAAGUCAAGUAUAUCAUGACCAUCUUGUGUAUUAACAGAUACACAUUAUGAUACAAAUAAAUUUUAUUUUGUUCUUUUUUGCACUACAUACAUUUCUGACUGUUAAUUGUUCGAAAUAUAGAUUCUAUAAGAUUACAGCUUUUAACCAGCGUGAAAGAAGGGUAUUGUAUGCUAUUUAUACUAAAGAAAAGACAAUAAACUUCUUGAAUGGGAUUUCAAAUGAAGCAGCAAUACCAAUCGAUGUGGCAGUGCAAGAGCAGUAUGCUCAUACAUUGGAAACAGAACUUCAUACUUAUAACAUUCAAUAUGUUUAUUUUACAGGAAAUCUUAUGGAUACUACAAAAAAAAUGAAUUUCACUCCAGAGAUUGAUAUCUCAAAUUCAUUCCUUGAGUGGGAUGGCAUUACACAUUGGGUGGAUGCUCAAGUAAAGAAAAAUAGAAAUUUACAGAAAAUUGUGAUUGCAAAGACAUAUGAACGGAGAGAUAUAUUUAUUCUUAAAAUAUCAAAUGGAAAUAAAAAGCCAAUUGUGUUUAUUGUAGGCAGUGAGGAUGGGAAAGACUGGGUUUCAUCAUCAGUGAUUCUUAACUUUCUCAUAAAAUUACUUAAAGAUAGUGAUAUGGAUAACAGCUUAUUGAAAUACUUUGAUUUCUAUUUAGCCCCGAUACUUAAUCCAGAUGGCUUUGUAUAUAGCAAAAUAUAUGAUAGAUUUUGGUCAAAAAACAGAAGAGAAUUCUUUCCUCCAAUUUCUUGUUUAAACCAUUCCCUUUCUGUUGGAGUAAAUAUUGACAGGAAUUGGUUUCAUCAAAAAGUUUCAAAAUUGAUGGAAGAAGAAUGUAAAAAUAUUUACAUAGGAUAUGAACCAUUGUCUGAAGAGGAGACACAUACCCUGUCUUAUGUUUUAAAUGGACUUGCUAUAAACAUGAUUGCAUUUAUUAAUUUAAAAGGCUUCAGUAAAUUUAUAACAAUUCCUUAUGCACACAGGGAACCAACCAGUAAUCAUGAUAUUGUUCUGGAUAUACUUACAUCAGCAUCAACAACAUUAAAUAAAAUCUACAAUGUAACAUAUUAUGUUGACACAAGUAAUAGGUUAAUUUGUAAGAAAACUGGCAAUAUUUAAAGCACAUUAAUAAUUGCUUUUACACAUUUUAAUAUAUUUAAUAUUACAGAUAAUUUCAGUGGUAACAUGGCAGAUUGGGUAAAGAGAAAGCUAAAUAUUCCUAUAGUGUUUACACAAUACCUGAAAUAUCAAAACUAUGUUCUUCCUAAACCUAGUCAUAUUUUACAACUCACACAGCAUUUCUAUACAACACUGAAUGAAACUAUGAUAAUAGCAAAAGACAUUUAUGCACCACUGUUUAACAACAAAUGUACAAUAUCAAAAAUUACUAUUUCCCUAAUUAAUAUUGUUAUUGUUUUUCAAUCUAUCAUUAUUUGCUGUUAAAAUUGAUUUUAUUUGAAGCUUAAAAAGUCAAAGAAUGUUGUGUCACAUUUAUUUAUUUACAAUAAAAUUUUGGCUACUUGCUUACUUAUAUUUAAUACUGCUUUAUUUGUGAAAAGUAAUUUUCUAAGUUUAAAAUGGUACAGUGGGUUAUCCGUAAACAUCCAAAAUGACAUGUAUUGUACAGGUUUUGUGAAUAUAAAUAUAAGCUUUUCUUAAUAGGCAUUGAGAAAUAGAAAUGAGGGAAUGUGUAGUUGUCUUUUUUUCCUAUGAUCUUAA